AUGAUGACUUCCCCUGACAACGAAGAGCUUUACCAGCACCUCUCCUUCCCACUCCCGUAUCGUGUGCUGGUCUUGGUCGGGUUAGGAAUUCUAGGAUGGGCGACCAACUUACAUGGCCUUGAUGUUUCUGGCGUUGACACGAUAGCAGCCAUGGACCUCCGAACGGAUACAGGCCUCGCGAAACCGGUCAUGCCAGUUCACCACUCCGCAGCAUUCAACCAUUUAAGAGUGGUCGACCUAUAUCAUGCUGCAUACCGCCUAUUCUCCCUCUACUCCUUCUCAUGCUUCCUGUCUUGGUCCUUCUAUAGAUUGGUCACGCAAGGAGACCCAGCGCGUGUGGACUCAUAUGGCUAUAUACCAGUAAUUACAACCCUCGCGAUUAUAAUAGUCCUGCUCUGCCCAUACGACAUAUUCUUGAGGCAUGAGCGCGAAAAAUUUACCUUAGGUAUCCGACGAUGCAUAUUCCCAGCACCUAAUGGCCCUAUCUACUUCUCCGACGUCGUUCUGGCGGAUAUUGGCACCUCUUUCGCAAAGGUUUUUGGAGACAUAUGGCAGUCCUUGUGGAUGCUCAAACCUGGCAACAGCAUUCUGGUUCCUCCUGUACAUGACAACUGGAUGCGCUGGAUCUUACCAACAGUGAUGAGUUUCCCAUUCUUCAUCCGGUUUCGCCAGUGCCUUAUCGAGUACAAUAUGCCUGGAAACGAAAGUCGAAGGCCGUUGUUCAACGCGUUGAAGUACGCGACAUCCUUCCCUGUGAUCUACCUCUCGGCGGCACAAAGACUAGUGAUCGUGGAUUUAAUGAAGGAAAGGGGCAAGAAACUCGCUGGAGAGGUGUGGCAUGGAGAACAUCCUCUUUUCCGGUUGUGGUUGCUGGCUGCUGUCGUUAAUUCGCUGUACUCCUUCUGGUGGGACGUGACAAACGACUGGGGCUUAGAUCUGAUGAAAUUCGAACCUUCAACCAACCAUGAGCGACAACCUCCGCAGCCACUACUGCUCGCCCGACUCCAUUCCGGCACACCUCUGAUCCGACGCUAUCCGGAUUCACUUUCAGAGGAAGAGGACCGUCACGCGGGACAGGCUCAUGACCUACUCAAGCAUCGCUAUCGACAGUCAUGUUACGGUCUUCGCAGUGUUCUCUUGUAUCCGCGGAUGAUUUACCCCGCAUUGAUCUUCUUGAAUCUCCUCCUCCGAAUGACUUGGUCGGUUAAGCUGUCUCCACACGUCAAUCUGACGAGAGACGGCACUGUCGCAUUUUUUUGGUUGGAAGUAGCGGAGGUGGUCCGUAGGUGGCUGUGGGUGUUUGUCAGAGUUGAGUGGGAGGUUGUUAAGAAGAUUGAAGAGAGAAAUCCGGCAAACUACUUAGACGAUCGUAGCGGAGAUGAGGGCGAAUACGAGAUGAUCCCUGCUACUCCCGACUUGUCGGAGAGGAACCCGACUCUGUAG